CUUCCAAUCAUUUCCCAGUCUGGUCCUGAAGUGACAACGUCUCAUGCCCGGAGUCCGCUUCACUUCUGCUAAACUCUGUGGAUCUACUCUUGGAUGAACUGAAACAGGCAGCCUUUUUUCCUUAACAAGGAAGACAUAAUAUCGGAUCUAUGAAAAAACCCACGUGGAUUUGUAAAAUCUUUUUAAACCAGAAGGAAUGCAUAUUUUUUUGUUAGUGAAACUAACUUUCCUGUUGUCGCUGAUAGGAAUAACGCGAGGUCUAAGAUGCUCCAUGCCCACAGAGUCAUGUUUGAACCAGGGGAAGUGUGAAUCAACUCCGGAUGGCAAUGGAGAAUGCAAAUGCCGAGAUGGAUACGUUGGGAGCAGGUGCCAGUUUCAUGACCCAUGCAACAACGGGCCAUGCAUGAAUGGAGGCACAUGUCGUGCCGUCUCCAAGGGAAACACGGUGGAUUUCAACUGCACCUGCAGAAUUGGCUACACCGACCGUCGCUGCAUGACACCCAUCAAUAUCGCUUGUCUCAGCUCGCCGUGUCACAAAGGAGGUACCUGUGAGCCAGACGGUCCGCAGAGGUACAGGUGCCGAUGCCCACCUGGGUGGACAGGAAAAGACUGUGCAACAGCCGACCCAUGCGCCUCCAAUCCCUGUGCCAACGGCGGGGAUUGCACUCCAGUUGAUUCCACCUUCAUCUGCAGAUGCACCCCAUUCUUCUUUGGACAAACCUGCAAACAGGAUGUCAACGAGUGUGACGCCGUCCCACCACGGUGCAAAAAUGACGGGAUAUGCAUCAAUGAGGUCGGGGGCUACAGAUGCCAGUGUCCUCCAGAGUAUACAGGGAAGCACUGCGAGAACCGCUACCUUCCAUGCAACCCCUCGCCCUGCCUGAAUGGAGGUACCUGCAGCCCGAGGGGAGAAACCGACUACGAAUGUUCCUGCGUGCCAGGAUUUUCUGGUAAAAACUGCUACAAUAAUAUAGAUGACUGUCCAGGUCAUGACUGCCAGAAUGGGGGCACGUGCGUGGAUGGAGUCAACACCUACAACUGCCAGUGUAAACCAGAAUUUACAGGUCAGCUCUGCCUGGAUGAUGUUGAUGAGUGCCAGCUUAUGCCCAAUGCAUGUCUGAAUGGCGGCACGUGCCACAACAUUUACGGCGGCUACCAGUGUGUGUGCGUGAACGGCUGGUCUGGAGACGACUGCAGCGAGAAUAUCGACGACUGCGCCAGUGCUGCCUGCUACCCGGGAUCUACCUGCCAUGACCGCGUGGCUUCGUUCUUCUGCGAAUGUCCUCAUGGUCGUACAGGUCUGCUGUGCCAGCUAGAGGACGCCUGCAUCAGUAACCCGUGUAAAAAGGACUCCAACUGUGACACCAACCCUGUCACCGGAAAACCUAUUUGUACCUGCCCUUCAGGAUACGUCGGUCUUUCCUGCGAUAAGGAUGUAGAUGAAUGCUCAAUGGGUUCCAACCCAUGUGAGCACGGUGGGAAGUGCAUAAACACCAACGGCUCAUUCCAGUGCAUGUGCCAGCAGGGGUACAUGGGGACACGCUGUGAGCUGGACAUCAAUGAGUGCAAAUCAAACCCGUGUAAGAAUGAAGCCACCUGCCUGGACCAGAUAGGAGACUUCCAAUGCAUCUGCAUGCCAGGCUACGAGGGGGAGUUCUGCGAGAUCGAUACAAACGAGUGCGCCAACAGCCCCUGCCUGAACAACGGCAAGUGCAUCGACAAGAUCAGCGGUUUCAUCUGCCAGUGCCCCACAGGCUUUACUGGGAAUCUUUGCCAGAUAGACAUAGAUGAGUGUGCCAGCACACCCUGCAAAAAUGGCGCCAAGUGCACAGACGGGCCCAACAAAUACACUUGCGAGUGCACUGAAGGUUACACUGGGAGGCACUGUGAGGUCGACGUAAAUGAAUGCUAUUCCAAUCCUUGUCACUACGGCUCCUGCAUCGACGGGCUGGCCUCAUUCAGCUGCAGCUGCAACCCCGGGUUCACCGGCAGGCUGUGUGAGACCAACAUCAAUGAGUGUCUGAGUCAGCCGUGCAGGAACGGAGGCACCUGCCUGGACAGAGAGAAUGCCUACAUCUGCAGCUGCCCUAAGGGAACCACAGGAAUCAACUGUGAAGUCAACAUUGAUGACUGCAAGGGCAAUCUCUGUGGCUAUGGAACCUGCAUCGACAAGAUCAACGGCUAUGAGUGUGUCUGUGAACCUGGCUACACUGGUACAAUGUGUAACAUCAACAUUGACGAGUGCGCCAUCAAUCCGUGCCACAACGGUGGAACCUGCAUCGAUGAAAUCAACAGUUUCACCUGUGUGUGUCCGGACGGUUACCACGAUCCCACCUGCUUCUCCCAAGUCAACGAGUGUCUCAGCAACCCCUGCAUCCACGGUCACUGCGAAGACAAAAUUAACGACUAUAAAUGCCUGUGUGACUCCGGCUGGAGCGGGAAGAACUGCGACAUCAACAAUAACGAGUGUGAAUCCAACCCUUGCAUGAAUGGAGGGACUUGCAAGGACAUGACCAGCGGUUACGUUUGCACCUGUCGUAUGGGUUUCACAGGACCAAACUGCCAGACAAACAUCAACGAAUGCGCCUCCAACCCCUGCCUGAACCAGGGCACAUGCAUCGACGAUGUUGCAGGUUACAAGUGCAACUGUGUCCUGCCUUACACAGGUGAAAACUGUGAAAUCCUGAUGGCCCCUUGUAGCUCCAAACCCUGUAAGCAUGGAGGAGUGUGUCAGGAGUCAGAAGACUACCUGAGCUUUUCCUGUGUCUGUCCUGAGGGAUGGCAAGGCCAAACAUGUGAGGUGGACAUCAAAGAGUGUGUGAAGAAUCCUUGUCGCAAUGGAGCAACCUGCCAGAAUACACCAGGCAGCUACCACUGCAGCUGCAGACCAGGCUUUAGUGGACGCAACUGUGAGACCAACAUUGAUGACUGCAAACCCAACCCCUGCAGCAAUGGAGGCAUUUGUAAGGAUGAGGUUAAUAGCUUCCUGUGUACCUGCCUGCCUGGAUUCCGGGGACCAAAGUGUGAAGAAGAUAUCAAUGAGUGUGAGAGCAAUCCGUGCAAGAAUGGAGCCAACUGCACAGACUGCGUGAACAGCUACACCUGCACCUGCCCGCCUGGCUUCAGUGGGAUCCACUGUGAAAACAACACUCCUGACUGCACAGAGAGCUCCUGCUUCAACGGUGGAACCUGCGUGGAUGGCAUAAACACCUUCACCUGUUUAUGCCCACCGGGAUUCACUGGGAGCUACUGCCAGCAUGAUAUCAACGAGUGCGACUCUAAACCCUGUCAAAAUGGCGGCACCUGUCAGGACAGUUACGGCACAUACAAGUGCACCUGCCCCCAUGGUUACACAGGAUUCAAUUGUCAGAGCUUGGUACAUUGGUGUGACACAUCUCCCUGUAAAAACGGAGGAACCUGCUGGCAGAGAGGGACCACCUACAGCUGUGAGUGUGAGACCGGCUGGACGGGCCUUUACUGUGACGUCCCAAGUGUUUCCUGUGAGGUUGCAGCCAAACAAAGAGGAGUUGCAGUUUCCCAACUUUGUCAAAACUCGGGUCAGUGUCUGGAUGCGGGAAACGUCCACUACUGUCACUGUCAGGCUGGAUACACUGGCAGCUACUGCGAGGAGCAGGUGGAUGAAUGCACACCCAACCCCUGCCAGAACGGAGCCACCUGCACAGACUUUCUGGGUGGAUACUCCUGUGAGUGCAUGCAGGGAUUCUUGGGGCCUAACUGUUCUGAGGAGAUCGAUGAGUGUUUCUCCCAGCCGUGCCAGAAUGGGGGGACCUGCAUUGACCUGAUCAAUACCUACAAAUGCUCUUGUCCCCGAGGAACCCAAGGCGUCCACUGUGAGAUCAACAUCGAUGACUGUAACCCGUCCACUGACCCCGUCACCAAAGAGCCGAAGUGCUUCAACAACGGCAGGUGUGUGGAUGGAGUGGGAGGCUACACCUGCAUCUGCCCUGCUGGUUAUGUGGGGGAGCGAUGCGAGGGGGAUGUCAACGAGUGUCUGUCCAACCCCUGUGACCCUCGGGGCACGCAAAGCUGCAUUCAACUCACCAACAACUACCGCUGCGAGUGUCGCACCGGAUACACAGGCCAGCGCUGCGACCAAGUGUUUAAUGGCUGUAAAAGUAAACCUUGCCGCAAUGGAGGAACAUGUGCUGUGGCCAGUAACACGCCACAUGGUUUCAUCUGCAACUGUCCCUCUGGCUUCACUGGCUCCACGUGCGAAUAUGACUCCAAAACAUGCGGCAGCCUCCAAUGUCGCAACGGAGGCACCUGCAUUUCUGGCCACAACAGCCCAAAGUGUUUGUGUCUGCCUUCGUUCACCGGGCCUGAGUGUCAGCACCCCACUGACAGCGCGUGCAAAUCCAGUCCCUGCUACAACGGGGGCACGUGUGAACACGCUGCCGAGGCGCCUUUCUACCGCUGCGUUUGCCCCGCCAACUUCAACGGCCUCCGUUGCCACAUCCUGGCGGCGGACCCUGAGGUGGCGUGCAGCAUCCCGCAGUGCGAGGAGAACAAGCACAACAAGCACUGUGACACAAUCUGCAACAACCAUGCGUGUGGUUGGGACAACGGCGACUGCUCGCUCAGCUUCGACGACCCGUGGAAGAACUGCUCAGCCGCGCUGCAGUGCUGGAAGUACUUCAACAAUGGGAAGUGCGACUCCCAGUGUGACAAUGCUGGAUGCCUCUACGACGGCUUUGACUGCCAAACUUUGGAAGGACAGUGCAACCCGCUGUAUGACCAGUACUGUAAAGAUCACUAUGCGGACAGCCACUGUGACCAGGGUUGCAAUAAUGCUGAGUGCGAGUGGGACGGCUUGGACUGUGCCAACAACAUGCCGGAGAAGCUCGCAGUGGGCCAACUGGUUCUAGUCGUCCACAUCACCCCCGAGCAUCUCCUGAACAACUCCUUCGGCUUCCUGCGCGAGCUGAGCCGCGUCCUCAGAACCAACGUGAUAUUCAGGAAGGACCCGAAGGGGGAGACGAUGGUCUACCCAUACUAUGGGAACGAGCAUGAGCUGAAGAAGUACACCGUUAAGCGAUCCGUGGAUUCCUGGUCUGAGAUUCCUGACAAGAUGCUAACUGUGAUGAAGAGGAGUCUGUAUGACGUGGCAGGUGGCAGGAUCAGAGGGAGGAGGGAGCUGGAUCAUUUGCAAAUCAAAGGCUCAAUUGUCCACUUGGAGAUGGACAACCGUCAGUGCUUCCAGCAGUCCAACGAGUGUUUCCAGAGCGCUGAUGAUGCUGCUGCGUUCCUCGGAGCUCUGGAGUCCAGCAGCAAACUGGAUGUUCCUUUCACUAUUGAAGCUGUCUAUAGCGGCGUUGACCGGCAGCCUUCCGACGGACUCUACGCAAUCUAUCUGGUCCUGGGCGGCGUCGGGAUACUGGCCUUCCUUGGAGUGGGAAUGGUGGCAGCCCGAAAGCGGCGCCAUGAGCACGGGCGUCUCUGGCUUCCCGAGGGCUUCAAGACCACGGAGACCAGCAAGAAGAAAAGACGGGAGCCUGUUGGAGAGGAUUCAGUUGGAUUGAAGCCACUGAAAAACACCUCUGAUAUUUCUCUGAUGGACGACAACCCGAAUGAAUGGGGAGAGGACGAACAUACGGAUGUGAAGCGAUUCAAACAGAUUGAUGAGCAGGCUGUGAUGGACGCCGACGACCAGACCGACCACCGCCAGUGGACCCAGCAGCACCUGGACGCCGCCGAUCUCCGUAUCCCCUCCAUCGCUCCCACUCCCCCUCAGGGUGAGAUUGAAAAUGACUGCAUGGAUGUCAACGUGCGAGGACCAGAUGGAUUCACUCCCCUGAUGAUCGCAUCCUGCAGCGGCGGAGGACUAGAAACUGGCAACAGUGAGGAAGAGGAGGACGCCUCGGCUAAUGUCAUCAACGACUUCAUUUAUCAGGGCGCUAACCUCCACAACCAGACUGAUCGUACCGGUGAGACAGCCCUUCAUCUGGCUGCCCGGUACGCUCGCUCUGACGCUGCCAAACGGCUGCUGGAGGCCAGCGCCGAUGCAAACAUUCAGGACAACAUGGGCAGGACACCUCUGCAUGCUGCAGUGGCCGCUGAUGCUCAGGGGGUCUUCCAGAUUCUGAUAAGGAACCGUGCCACAGAUUUGGACGCCCGCAUGCAUGAUGGCACUACACCCCUGAUCUUGGCUGCCAGGCUGGCAGUGGAAGGCAUGGUGGAGGAGCUUAUUAACUGUCACGCAGAUGUGAAUGCCAUCGAUGAUUUUGGAAAAUCAGCCCUCCACUGGGCUGCAGCAGUCAAUAAUGUGGAGGCUGCGAUUGUUCUACUCAAGAAUGGUGCCAACAAGGACAUGCAGAACAACAAGGAGGAGACGCCUCUGUUCUUGGCUGCCAGAGAAGGAAGCUAUGAGACUGCUAAGGUCUUAUUGGAUCAUUUUGCCAACAGGGAAAUAACCGACCAUAUGGACCGGCUCCCUAGAGACAUUGCACAGGAGAGGAUGCAUCAUGACAUUGUGAGGCUGAUGGACGAGUACAACCUGGUACGAAGUCCCCCCAUGCACGGAGGGUCUCUGAGCACCACAUUGUCUCCCCCUCUUUGCUCACCCAGUGGGUUCCUUGGCAGCAUGAAGCAGCCUCAGCCUCAAAGUCAAGGCCAGGGGAAAAAAACCCGCAAGCCCAGUCACAAGGGAAUCGGCUGCAAAGAUGGCAAAGACAUGAAGGUGAAGAAGAAGAACUCUCAGGACGGGAAGUCUGGGAACCUCCUGGACAGCUCGGCCGUUCUGUCACCUGUAGACUCAUUGGAGUCUCCUCACGGAUACGUUUCUGAUGUAGCCUCACCGCCUAUGAUGACCUCCCCCUUCCAGCAGUCGCCAUCUGUAUCCCUUAACCAUCUGCAGGGGAUGUCUGACCCUCAUAUGGCUGUAAACCACAUGGUGAUGCCAAACAAGCAGGAGCUAGCCCGCAUGCAGUUUGACCCACUGCCACCCCGUUUAACCCACCUACCAGUCUCUGGCUCCGGCGGUCAGGGUCCCAUGAAUGGCCAAUGUGACUGGCUAUCCAGGAUGCACAGCAACAUUAACCAGGCAGGUCAGUUCAACCCCAUGAGAGGCGCCCCUGGGGGCCAAGGAGGUAUGCACCAAGGUGGGCAGCAUGGGAUGAUCACAACUACCCUGCAUAAUGGCCACCCCAACUCCAGCAUGUCGCAGAUGAUGACCUAUCAGGGGAUGCAGAACGCCCGACUGGGCCCUCAGAGCCACAUGAUGCAGCAGCAGGCUCAACAAAUGCAGCAAAUGCAAAACCUUCAACAACUUCAACAGCAGCAGCAGAGUAUCCAGCUGCAGCACCAGAACUCUAACUCAGCCAACACCCAGAACUUCAUCAGCGGGGACCUCAGUUCCCCAGAGCUCCAGCAGGGAACAGGUAAUUCCAGCAUGCCCAUACGUACCAUCCUCCCACAGGAAACCCAGAUCAUGUCCUCCUCCAUCAGUCAGUCCAUGCCCAGCACCCAGUUCCUCACCCCACCCUCCCAGCACAGCUAUACGGGCCCUAUAGACAACACCCCAAACCAUCAGGUCCAGGUGCCCGACCAUCCCUUUCUGACCCCGUCCCCUGGCUCCCCUGACCAGUGGUCCAGUUCAUCUCCCCAUUCCAACAUGUCCGACUGGUCAGAGGGCAUUUCAAGUCCACCAACAAGCAUGCAGUCCCAGAUUGGGCAUAUAUCAGAACAGUUCAAAUAAAAAGCACCCACAUCAACUGCUGUAUGUUUUUUUUUUUUAUUGUUAUUUUGUAAAAAAGAAAAAGUUCUCUGUGAAGAAAACGAAAAAGGGCAAAGAAGUGAUCAAAAUGUAGGACUUUUAUACAUUUUUGUACUAACAGUGACAUCUGUGCUUCAUUCCUUUUCUUUUUUAUUUAUUAAGGUUUUAUUUAUGUUUCUAUGGUGUGGGGAGGUCGUACGCAGGACCGAGAAAGUCCUCUAGAGGAACUUCUUUCCUAUACAGCUCAUUUUCUACAGUAAAGUCAUAGCAAACACACUGGGUAUUUAUUUCCUUAGAGACUCUUAGUCUGUCUUUUUUUUUUCUAUGAUUUCUCUCUCUGUUUAUAAUUUGUAUAAUCCUGUUUAUAAUGAAAAUUGUGAUUAAGAUAGAGCACAUUGUAAGUUUCAGUGUUAUUUCAAAUUUGUUUGAAAGGGAGAUGACAUUUCUGUGAAUAGUAACAGAAUGCAUCUAAAACAUAGAACUUUUUCCCCCUUUUUAAACAUCAAGUAAAUCCUAGUAACACUAGAGUUGUGUACAUUUUGUUGAAUCGCUGACACAGUGUUAUGCUGUGUUAAUGUGUUCUUCUUGUGGUGAGGGAUGUGAUUUGUUGUACAGUUUAUGGCCAUCUUGGAGAUUGGCAAUUAAGACAGGCUUGAAUUGUUGUGAGUCCUGUGGUUUUGCAGAACUGGCCCGUUGGCCACAAUGUUUGUUGUUGUCCAGAGGGAACAGGAAUCUCUAUUUCCUUUUCCUCUCCGAUUAGUUUUAGCCUAUGGCUGCGUUCUUCCUUCUGUAAAUAUGCUUUUAUGCAUUUCCCUUGUAAGCAAGAUUUUGUUUAAGAAAUCUUACGUCUUCAUUAUGCAUUGAAUUGAUCCUGCACUGUUCAAAAGCCUCUAAAAUGUAAGAGAUCAGAAUAUAUAUUUCUAUUUUUUCUGACCCCCCCCCAAGGCACAAAAUAAAUUGAGCUGAUAUACAAAUGAAUGAAAUAUAUUGUUAGGUAACCUUUUCAGAAA